AUGAAAUUCCUUCUUCCAAUUUUUCUAAUUCUCCUCUGCCUCCAUUUCGCCACGUCUUCUGGGCCAGAUUUCAUUUCAGAUGCGUUUCUUGAAGCCUCGAACCACUUGCACGCCUUCCAAGCAGCACUGACUUUUGGUAAUGUCGAUUCAAUGAAGCAAUUGAUAACAGUGGAUGGGACAGAAACUCAAGAAGACUUUGAUCGAUUCUUUGGAACUUUUGGAAAAAUGGAUUACAGUAUUCAAUCUGCUGAUUUCAAGAAAAAGGGACUCUUGAGAUGA